AUGAGUUCCUCAGCUAAAGCUGAGAGAUGUGGCUCGCCUGAUCCCAGCUGUGUGUCCAUGAGGAGUCACCAAUCAAUGGACAAACCUAUGAACCUCGGAGAGGGUAACAGUUCUCUUGACUUCAGCGUGGAUCAGCACAAGAGAUGCAGCUCACCUGAUCCCAGCUGUGUGUCCUUGAAGAGUGAUCAGUCCAUGGACAAACCUGUAAACCUCGGAGGGGAGAACAAGUCUGUUGACUUCAGCUGUGUUUCCAUGAAGAGUAACCAGUCAAUGGACAAACCUGUAAACCUUAAAGAGGGUAACAGUUCUCCUGAUCAUAGGGUCCAGAAAGAGACACCAGACAUUAGAAAAAAUAACGAAUCCAUUUUCAAGGAACUGGAGCACAAGUUAAUCUCUUUGGUGAAAGAUGAACUGAAGAGGUUUGAGAAGCUACUGAGUCUGGAUUACCCAGCAUCCUCCAGAAAAGAGGUUGUGGAUAAGGCCGAUCAGAGCAGUAUUAGAGAUGGGUUGCUGAAGGUCACACUGCAUGUCCUGAGAAGCAUGAACCAGACAGACGUCGCUAAUAAAUUACAGAUCAGACUGGCUCCUGCUUGUCAUCAAAAGCUCAAAUACACACUAGAAAAAAAGUAUCUGAAAAUUCAUGAAGGAAUUUCACAUCAUGGAAACUCAGCUCUCUUGAAUGAGAUCUACACAGAGCUUUACAUCACAGAGAGUGAGAGUGGGGGGGUGAAUAAAGAGCAUGAGGUCAAACAAAUUGAAACAGCAUCCAGGAGGUCAGUAACACAGGAUACACCUAUCAACUGCAAUGACCUCUUUAAAGAGAAAUCAACAAGAACUGUGCUGACCAAAGGAGUUGCUGGAAUCGGAAAAACGGUCUCUGUGCAGAAGUUCAUUCUGGACUGGUCUGAAGGAAAAGCCAAUCAGGAUGUUCUGUUCAUAUUUCCACUUCCUUUCAGAGAGCUAAAUUUAAUGAAGAAUAAAAAAUGUAGUCUUUUAGAUCUUCUUUUACACUUUUUUGCAGACACAGAAGAUUUAAAGCCAAGAGAUUACUAUCGCUACAAAGUCAUGUUCAUUUUUGAUGGUCUGGAUGAAUGUCGACUUCCUCUAGAUUUCCAAAAGAAUGAGAUUUUGUCUGAUGUAGCUCAGUCUGCCUCAGUGGAUGUGCUGCUGACAAACCUCAUCAAGGGCAACCUGCUUCCUUCAGCUCUUCUCUGGAUCACCUCUCGACCAGCAGCAUGUGGUCAGAUCCCUCGCGAAUAUGUCGACCAGGUAACAGAAGUCCGAGGCUUCAGUGAUCCUCAGAAAGAAGAGUACUUUGAGAAGAAAAUUAAUGAGAAUCAGAGUCUGGCCAGAAAAAUAAUCACACACAUAAAAUCAUCAAGAAGCCUGUACAUCAUGUGCCACAUACCAGUCUUCUGUUGGAUUUCAGCCACUGUUCUGAAGAAAAUAUUUGAUGAAGCAGAAGGUGAAGAGAUUCCCAGGACUUUAACUCAAAUGUUCACACACUUUCUGAUCUUUCAGGUCAAUAAAAGCAAGCAAAAGUAUGAACAGAAUAGUGACACAGACUUGGACCAGACUAAAAAGAUUGUCUGGACACUGGGGAAAUUGGCUUUCCAACAGCUGGAAAAAGGCAACCUGAUCUUCUAUGAGGAAGACCUGAGAGAGUGUGGAAUUGAUGUCCAAGAUGCAUCGGUGUACUCAGGAUUAUGCACCCAAAUCUUCAAAGAGGAAUAUGGAAUGCAUCUUGGCCAGGUGUUCAGUUUUGUGCAUCUGAGUGUUCAGGAGUUUCUGUCCGCUUUAUUUGCAUUUCUGUCCUUCUUGUCUGAGAACAGAAAUGUGAUUGACAAGGAAACUGUACUACCACAGUUGGCUGAUUUCCUUAAAUUUGCAGUGGACAAAGCUUUACAGAGUGAGAAUGGGCACCUGGACCUGUUCCUCCGUUUCCUUCUGGGUCUGUCACUGGAGUCCAACCAGACUAUCUUACGAGGCCUACUGCCACUGACAGAAAACAGCUCCUACAGCAAACAAGAAACAGUCAGUUAUAUCAAGGAGAAGAUCAGAAAUAACCUCUCUCCAGAGAAAUCCAUCAAUCUGUUCCACAGUUUGAAUGAACUGAAUGAUCACUCUCUAGUGCAGGAAGUACAAACAUACCUAAACAGAAGAAAGGACAGUUGUCUCAGUGGAGCUAAACUCUCUCAAGCUCAGUGGUCAGCACUGGUGUUUGUGUUACUGAACUCAGAGACUGAGCUGGAUGAGUUUGAUCUGAAGAAAUAUGACCCAUCAGAGGAAUGUCUUCAAAGGCUGCUUCCAGUGAUCAAUGCAACCAGUAAAGUUAUACUGUGUUUGUGUAAUCUCUCUGAUGAAAGUUGUGGGGUUUUGGCCUCAGCUCUCAGCUCAAACUCCUCAUGUCUGAGAGAACUGGACAUGAGUCACAAUAACCUGCAGGACUUAGGAGUGAAGCUGCUCUCUGAUGGACUGAAAAGUCCACACUGUAAACUGAAGAAACUGAGCUUGUGUUGGUGUAAUCUUACCACGAAAAGCUGUGCAGUUCUAGUCUCUGUUCUUGAUUCCUCAAAUUUGAGAGAGCUGGAACUCAGUAAUAAUGAACUGCAGGAUUCAGGGGUCAAGAUGCUCUCUGCUGGAUUGCAGAACCCACACUGUAAACUGAAGGCACUAAGGCUGUGUGAUUGUAACCUCACUGAUGAAAGCUGUGCAGCUCUUGCCUCAGCUCUCAGCUCAGAGAAUGCAGGUCUGGAAGAAUUGGAUCUGAGUGACAAUGAACUGCAGGAUUUAGGAGUUAAGCAUCUCUCAGCUGGACUGGAGAAUCCACAUUGUAAACUGGGAAUACUAAGGUUGUCUGGCUGCAGUAUCACACAGGAAGGCUUUGCUGCACUGGUUUCAGCUCUGAAAACAAACCCGUCACAUUUGAGAGAGCUUAAUCUAAAUUACAGUCAACCAGGAGAUGUAGGAAUGAAGCUGCUCUCUGAUCUACUGGAGGAUCCACACUGCAAACUGGAAACCUUACAACUUGAAUGCUGCAGUAUUACAGAGGAAGGCAGUACUGCUCUGGCUUCAGCUCUGACAUCAAACCCAUCAUACCUGAAAGUGCUAAAUUUGGACUACAAUGAACCAGGAGAAGCAGGAGUGAACCUGCUUACUGCUUUACAAGAAGAUCCACGUUGUAAACUAGAGAGUCUACAAAUAGGACGAUUAAAACACAUGUGACCUGGUAUACGUCUUCCAGAUCAUGAGUACAGCAGCACGUUUUGGUCUAAAUUGUGAUCACAGCUGCAGAACACUGUUGUGCAUUCUCCCAAGGUUCACUUCUGUUCACUAUAGUGACUGCAUGACACAUACAGACUAUUUAUAUUUAAAGAAGACUUUAGGAAAAAGGAAAGUAGAACAGCAAAUAAGUGAAGAAUUUUGUGAUUUUAUUUUUUUUACAUAGGGCAGAUAUCUUAACAGUUGACAUUUCAGUGUGCAUUUAAUUUAACUAUUUUGCCGAUAUUAACAAGAUAUUUCCCAGAUGUAUUUGUAAUAUAUAUAUAUGUGUAUGUAAUUCAGUGCACAUUGCAAGACAUUUUGGCCUGCCUUUUUGUUUCUGCUGACCAAGGAAAGAUGUGUUGUUUUAAGUGUUUUAAAAUACACUCUCUUACAAAAUACACAUUUUUUAGAUGUAUAUUUUUAACACACUAAUGGCAAAUUGUUAAAGGCAGAUUAACACAGUGACAUGUUUACAGUGACAGUGUUUUAAAUGACAGUAUAAAAUUGUAUAAGAAACAGUUCCUUUAAACCUGGGUCUAUAUAAGUACAACUUUCUUUGUUUUUGUUCAUUUAUUUUUUUGUUCAUUCGUUUUGGAGAUGUCUGUCAAAAAACAGACAACUACUAUUAUGUCCAUGAUUUUAAAGUACAUUGAUAAACAAGUAAAUGUAAAAAAAAAUGAUAUUUCCUGUCAGCGCAGGUUACAGAACAUAUAUGUGUAAAAUGCUGCCAUAAACUGCUGUUAUU